GCAGCCCCAGCCCCACCGGCCCCGCUCCACCUUAACGGGAGCGGCGGCUCCGCUGUGCCCGGGCGGCUCCGGCGGAGCUCGGGGGCGUUGAUCUCGCCCGGAUCAGCCAAUGUUCGCGGCCGCGUCGGGAGAACGAGCCCGGUGCUCCCGGCUCAGCCCCGCUCCUCUCCGUGCUCCCGUUCUGCUGCUCGGACGCUGCCGGGCGUCGCUCCCGUUGUCACCUCCCGCCACCGGGGAUGUCGCUGACCGUGCUUCUCCUCCUGCUGAGCCUCCCGCGGGUGGCCGGUGCCAAGGGCGGCUGGUGCCCGGUGUGCGGGGUGGCCUCGCUGGCCCCCGGGGCUCAGCGGGACGCGCUCCUGGCUCUGGCCAAGCAGAGCAUCCUGGCCAAGCUCCGCUUACCGGGCAGGCCCAGCGUGCCGCGGCCGCCGUCCCGGGGCUCGCUGCUCACCGCGCUCCGUGCCAUGCUGCGGGACGGGGCUGCCACCCCCGGGAUGCCCCGCGAUGCCACCCCCGGGGUGCUCCAGGAUGGAUCUGACACCCCCGGGAUGGUCCGGGAUGGAUCCGGUACCCCCGGGAUGGUCCGGGACGGGGCUGCAACCCCCGGGAUGAUCCGGGAUGCCAGCCCCGGGAUGCUCCAGGAUGUCAGUCCCGGGAUGAUCCGCGAUGCCAGCCCCGGGAUGAUCCAGGAUGGAUCCGCCACUCCCGGGAUGGUCCGGGACGGGGAUGCCAGCCCCAGAAUGAUCCGCGAUGCCACCCCCGGGAUGCCCCGGGAUGGAUCCGGCACCCCCGGGACGCCCCGGGAUGGAUCCGCCACCCCCGGGAUGAUCCAGGAUGCCACCGCCACCCCCGGGAUGCCCCGCGAUGCCAUCCCCGGGGUGCUCCAGGAUGGAUCCGGCACCCCCGGGAUGAUCCAAGAUGACACCCCCGGGACGCCCCGGGACGGCGGCGGGACGGCGCUGCAGGAGUACGAGCUGCUGAGCUUUGCUGAGCCCGGACCCUCCACUCCCCGCAGCGUCCGCCUCCAUUUCCACUUCUCCCCGGAGCUGUCCAGGAGCACUGAGAUCCACCAGGCCUCGCUGUACCUGUUCUGGCCAUCCCCUGGCACCCACCCUGUCACCAUCAGGCUCCUCCAGCCGGACCCAGCCCUUCCAAACCUGACCGUGAGCAGCGAGACCCGGCUGCAGGUGCAGAGACCCGGCUGGACCACGCUGGACAUCGGAGCAGCCGCGCAGAACCUCUUCACCCGGGACACCCCUCUGCUCACGGUGCACCUGGAGCUGCCAGAGGGCUGCGGGUCCCCUCUGCCAUCCCACCACGGCGAUUCCCACCGGCCCUUCGUGGUGGCCAAAGCCCGUUCCAGGGCUGCCCACCGUGUCCGGCGGCGCGGCGCCGACUGCGGCGCGGACCCGCGGAUGUGCUGCCGCCGGGAGUUCUUCGUGGAUUUCAAGGAGAUCGGCUGGGAGGAUUGGAUCAUCCAGCCCGAGGGGUACCACAUGAAUUACUGCUCGGGGCUGUGCCCGCUGCACAUGGCCGGCGUCCCCGGCCUGGCCGCCUCCUUCCACACGGCCGUGCUCAACCGCGUCAAGGCGGCGAGCGCGGCGGCGGCCGUGGAUUCCUGCUGCGUGCCCACGCGGCGCCGCCCGCUCUCGCUGCUCUACUACGACCGCGACGGAAACAUCGUCAAGACCGACAUCCCCGACAUGAUCGUGGAUGCUUGUGGCUGCACCUGA